CCAAAAACACAAGAACCCCUAAAAUCUCCUCUUUAUUUCCUGUUAUUUUCAUCUUAAAUUCACAAAUUAAUGGCUAAUCAGCUCACAGAUGAUCAAAUCUCCGAGUUCAAAGAAGCUUUUAGCCUUUUUGAUAAGGAUGGAGAUGGCUACAUCACGACGAAGGAGCUUGGAACCGUUAUGAGGUCUCUUGGACAAAACCCCACAGAGGCCGAACUUCAGGACAUGAUCAACGAGGUUGAUGCUGAUGGAAACGGUACCAUUGAUUUCCCUGAGUUUCUUGGUCUAAUGGCCAAGAAGAUGAAGGACAACGAUUCUGAGGAGGAGCUUAAGGAGGCUUUUAAGGUUUUCGAUAAGAACCAAGAUGGUGUCAUAUCUGCAGCCGAGCUUCGUCAUGUUAUGACCAAUCUUGGUGAGAAGCUGACGGAUGAGGAAAUUGAUGAGAUGAUUCGUGAGGCUGAUGUUGACGGUGAUGGAAAGAUCAACUAUGAGGAAUUUGUUAAGAUCAUGAUGGCCAAAAGGAGAAGAAGAGGAAGGGAAGAAGGUAGCAUGCAAUCAACAUCAAGAACCACUACAUUAAGUGGGAGGAAAAAGAGUCGUUUUACUUGUGUUGUCCUCUGAUUAUACCAAUAUUCUCGUGUAUAAUAAAGUUAAUUUAACCGGGUAUUAUGACGUCAUAAAUGAGUGUAUUGUCUAUGCAAAAAAACUCAUAUUUGUGAAUAAAUGAUUAAUAUUCAAGUCUCUAA